UGACAAAAUGGAACCCACCAGCAGUGAGAGGAGACCUGAAAGUGGCACAUGGCAGAGUGUGGCGAUGGAGACAGCAGCAAUGGGAGGCCGUACAGGGACCCAUGACACACUCUGGACCUGGCAGCAGCAUGAGGAGGCGGUACAGGGGCCCAUGACAGAUUACGGGCCUGGCAGCAGCAUGAGGAGUCGGUACGGGGGCCAGCACCCUAUCCCAAAAUGGAACCCACCAACAGUGUAAGGAGACCUGAAAGUGGGCACAUGGCAGAGUCUGGCGAUGAAGUCAGCAGCAAUGGGAGGCCAUACAGGGACCCAUGACACACUCUGGACCUGGCAGCAGCAAGA